AUGGAGCUGGCGGCUCGCGUGAUGUCUGUUGUUAAUCGUUCUUCUGGCUCCGAAGAAAGAACACCUGCGGCCCCAGUACCGCCACGAAUAGGCAUGGUCGUCGACGUCAGCGAUUCUGCCUUUAUCGGAGGCUUUAUUCCCUGUAACUCAGCCCAACAAAUCAAAAUCUCUAUUCCAAAUGUUAAGCCCUGACGGAGAAGCGCAAAUAUCCAUACAGCCGACCAGAAUUCCUUUAUUUUUCCGAUGAAGAAACGGCUCUUUCUGCGGAUCAGUCAGUCCGACCUGUUAUUUGUCCGAAAUUCCCUACUCGUAUGCCAUUAUUCGCUGGUUAUGCUGAAGCUAUCAAUGCCGGUGAGAAAUUCGAUUUGCAGAAGAGUUUUAAAAUUGAAAAGUGUAGGAAAAACGUCGCACAACGAGGAUCAAGCUUCGGCGCGGCUUUUGAGUCUGGCCCAGCAAGGCUACGAACCAGAACCGGCUAGGGAAAUUGAGAGAAGGACUUCUUUCUCGAAUGGCAAUGGAAUGAGGUAAGAAUCUGAAACUUAUUGGGCUAAAAUAGCUAAGAAAUAUAUCCGUAUUUUCGUUUUAAAAAAAUUUUAAGCUCUUCAAACGACGAUGAACCACUUCUUUCACCUGGUACCGAUGAUGGAGUGAGUGAUAUUUUUUAUAUUUCUCUUUUUCAAUGUUUCUGUUUUGUUUUCGUUUAUUUUCUAACCGAAUUCACAAUCAAAAAACGCUGAAAUUUGCAGGACAGAAGCCCGAUUUGCAUUCCGAGGGCCGACGCGGCGCUUUUCAGCAUUUUCGACGGUCAUGCCGGUUCGGCGGUGGCCAUCGUCGCCAGUAAAUGUCUACAUGAACAUGUGAAGGUAAAAUAACCUGGAAUUGAUGUGGAUUUGUAUAAGAUGAGAACAAAAAAACAAGUGAACUUAUAGAAAAGUCUUGAAAAUUAGUUUUUUCAGACCUAAAUUGCUCCUUAGACAAAAAAAAAAAUGAAUUUUUCAGUCCCGCCUUUGCGAGGUCCUCGAGCUAGUACUAAAUUUGGACCGGCAGGAAGGCUUGAAUUUCGGAAAGCAUCGCUCCGAAUCUUCCUACAGUAUGACCAAGGUACUGUAAUUGAAUUAUAGUGAUAAUUUAGUUGAAAAUGUUCAGUUUCCCGAUGAACGAGUGACAAUUCGGAGCGAUCAUUUGGUGAAAGGAGCCCUGGAAACGGCGUUUGUCGAUAUGGUUUGAAAUUUCGUGAUUAAAAAAAAAGUCCAGGCUUGAAUACGUUUCAUUAAACGUAUGAAAGGUAGGAAAUGCCGGAAGUUGAUAAUCUCUGUUCCACAAAUGCACAAUAACUUUCUUUUUUUUUCCCUUUUUUCACCCGUUUUUUUGCUGUUUUUAGAGGAUAUUUUCCAUUUUUUCGCGGCAUUCAAUUGUGUUUUUUUUGAUGGAAAGCGACAAAAUUGAGCCAUUUAAACUCUACUUUGUAACAUUUUCCUUCCAGGACGAACAAAUAUCCGAAGACAAGCAAGUUUGGCGGCUUCCCGGUGGUUGUGCGGUUAUUUCGGUUCUGGUGCUUUUGGGUAAAUUGUACGUUGGUGAGUAAUUAACUAAUUUUUAUUCAUUAGUUCAAACCAUUUUCAGCAAACGCGGGAGAUUGUCGAGCCAUUUUGGUUACUUCUAACGGAACCAAAGCUCUGUCAAAAGAUCUGACCCCGGCGACAGAAAGGAGGAGGCUUCAAGAAUUGGUGAGCAUUACCUAGGAUUGGAUAAGUGAUCCCUAUAGAGGACGAAAAAGUUUCCACUCAAGGGAUAAAGUUCAAGUGGUCCCUAAGGGGUUUAGAGUCAUACCCCUUGUACGUAUAAAGACACAAAAAGCAGGUCGAACUUGAUCCUCUGUUGAUUUUCUUUCAUUCAAGCUGUAGUUAGGGACCGCAGACCAAUUUUCAAAAAAUUUUUUUCAGCAUUGAGCUUUGUAUGGUUUGAUAGCUGUUUCGAUUCAAAACUCAGAACCGUUUAGUUUUUCGAAAAAGAUUGAGGAUGAAAAAAGUUAUGACGAAAAAUGUGGCGCGCCGCGCACCAUUUUUUUAGUACUGAAAUUUUGGUAUUAUCCAUUUUGACAUUUUUCUCGAUUUUUCUUCUAGAACAAGUUUUGAUACUGGUCUAUUAUGAUGUAACAAAUCAUAAUAGAGUGCUAAAAUGAUGCUCAUCAGCUAGUUUGCCGAAAAAGUCGGUAUUUUCCAGAAAACAAAAAACUGACGCUUGCGGGCAUCGAACUCGCGACCUCAAAAUGAAAAAUCGCAGCGCACGCGCUGCGCCAAGCUGCUAGGUCUAGCAAGGGGAGCUUCCAUCCGCCUUACCCUUGAGCCGUUUAGAUAGCACAGAUUGCCUAUUUCAAAAAUAAAAACUUGAAGUAAUUCAGCUAUUUUUUUAUCAGAAUAUGUUCGCAAAUCUUUACUCAAACUUUCCGUGAAAAAUUCACUUCGAAAAAAACUGUUUUUUUAGUGCUUUUUUUCCUCGUUUAACGAUCGCUGCCUUAAAACGGCCCCGUAAAUUUUUUUGGCAAAGACGAAUUUUUUUAUUUUAUUCUUUUUAAUUGAAAGAUUUUUUUCACUAAUAAAUGUAUAUAAUCGUUUAAAAAAACCUGCGUUCGGCCGCUUUCUGUGUGAUAAACGCCGCUAAUUUUAUUCUCUAGUUUCAAGAGCAUUUUUUUGCGUAUUAAACAACUAUUUCAAGCACAGAUACUGUGAAGAAAAAAAUUUAAGUAAGGCCAUGAUCUAAAUUUUUUUAAAAAAACAAAAAAACUUGAUUAUAUUCGCUUAUUAACGAUAUUUUGAAUUAUGACUUUCGGCGCUCCCUAAAAAUUUUUUUGGCAAAGACGAAUUUUUUUAUUUUAUUGUUUUAAAAUUUUCGUUACUUGAAUCAAAAAUCAUUAUUUAAAAAAAGAAAAGAGUGCGUUCGACCUGAAAACACAUGAAAAAAAGCAAAAAAAUGACAAAAAUUUUUUUAGUUCCAUUCACGUUUUUUUGUACGACAUUCCGCGAGAACGCAUCAAAAAAAGCGUGAAAUAUUUUUUUAAACGAAAGAGGAAGCUUUUUCUGUACAUGUGUGUCAAAUUUUAUUCGCCAGUUCCACAUAUUUUUGCAACUACAACAAAAUGAAAGUUGAAAACCAAAAAAAAGCCACUUUUUCUAUCGCGAAAAGGGGCGUGGCUUUGCGGUCCCUAGCUGUAGUGGCCCCUAUAGGGGGAGUGGUCCUCAGAGGGAAUUUUUAGACGGCCCUAUAGGGACCACUCUUGAACCCUUAAAUAUUUCAUCUUAACACCCGGAUUAAAAUUGAAGCUUCACCACUCUCUUAAGAAAAUAUUCAAAAAGGGUCUUUUUUCGAUCCGAAAGUCAGUGCACAAAGAAAAAAGUUCAAAAUUCUUUGUUUUUGGCCCAAGCUAGCCUUGAAUGCACUAUAAUUGAAAAAAAAAGGCUGAAAACAGCAAAUUUUUAGGCCUACCACAGUCCAGAACUUAUCGGAAGUUCCUUUUCUCGGCUGGAAUAUUCUAGAAGAUUGACCAAAAAGGAUCUAAAAAGCCGAGUUUUGUACAGGUUUUAUUAAAAUAUCUAUUUCACUUUUAAUAACGAUUUAAAGGGACUGGUUUAUGGACGGCUGGGCGGCGAAAACCGUCAAGGAGACGGAUCUUCGACCGCCGUUGAUCAGCGACAGUCUCAGGAAGGUCUCCUUUUUUUGACCCUUGAAAAUCUUGAAUUUAUGGAUUUUUGAUCAAUCUGAACGUUUCAGAAACGAUUGCUGAACACCAUCGGGGUUUCUCGAGGCUUUGGGGAUCAUCACCUCAUGACGGUCGACGAGAGACUCAGUAUCAAGCCAUUCCUUUCCGCUGUUCCUGAGGUGACCUGUCCUUAUUUGAACUUUAUUUUUUUUCCGGCUAGAAAUUCCAGAAGAUUGACCAAGAACGAUUUGAAAAACAGGUCUCAGUAAAAACUGAGUUGAGCCAUCAAAAAAAGGGUCCUGAGACGAAAAGGGAGACAGUGCUUGACUAGUGGAGAGCGCAGACAGGCCACGCCCCUAGCGUCCCAAGUUAGUCUAGCUUGUGACGCAAAAAGGCAUGGCCUGUCUGAACGCUCCACCAACCAGGGCACUGUCUCGUCUCUUUUCGUCGCAGGACCCUUUUUUCGAUGGCUCAAGGCAGCCGUGAAUAAGCUAUAUAACUCCACAUCCGCGGCUUCAACACCGUUCGCGUCAAAUUUUUUUAUUGCCCAUGACGAUGCUCCUUUACUAGCGCUACGUUUUCCGACUUUUUCAAGCUUUUAGAUCAGAAAGGAGUCCUCUGCUUGACAUUCAAAUUCUACACUCUUUCUUCAAACUUUUCCAAUCCUACCGGUCAAAAUUUGUUGGGAAUUUCAUCAUUCUGACUGCUUGGUGAGCUUUGAAGUACGGUCUUGUGAUUUUGUCAUGAAGUGACACCCAAUGACCGCACUUGGAAUGGCUCAAAACGUAACGGCUUCUACAAAAAAGGUUCAUCCGACCAUAAAACGGCUUGCGCGUCGACAUUGAAAAUCUGAUAACUCGGACUCCGGUAACGGAAACGGGACGUUUCUGAGCGAUUCUAGGGAUUACUCAAGGCUACUUACGUUACUAAAGUGGUCACUAUACAUGCUCCGAGACGUCCGGUUCGAGUCUAGUGAAAAAGAUCAACCAGUUUCAGAUUAUGUGCACUUCACAAAUGAAUUCUGAUUUUUCCAGGUGUCCGUGACGAACCUCCGCGAGCUGGACACUCUGACGGACAAAGACGUCGUCGUCGUGGCUUCAGAUGGACUUUGGGACGUCCUAACCAACGAAGACGCCGGAUUGAUCGUCAGAAGUUCUCUGGGCUCCACUGAGCCUUCGGAUCCGUCCAGGUUCGCUUCAGAUCUUGAAAAUUCAAAAAUCUCUUCUGACUUGACUUUUUUGCCUUAAUGAAAGUAUAUUCUCUUAAAUUAUCAAGCUUGUAACUCAAUUUUCCAGGUACUGCCUAGCCGCCCAGGAUCUCCUGAUCGCCGCCCGAGGCAAUUCCAACGGUAAUAAUCCUCACAAAUGGUCGAUGAACAGUGGCGGCCACGCCUCCUGCGACGAUAUUACGGUAGGUUUUGUUUUAAAACAUUUUAAGUAGCUCACGGUUCAAAAAUAUUUGUUUCAAGCUUCAUUAUCUUGAAAAAACGUAUAUUUUCAGGUUUUUGUCAUCCCUUUGAAAUACUGCGCCGCACCCCCGACUAAUCUGGAAGAAGAAGAAGACGACGAAAUGAUAAGUCUUUCUUGA